AUGGUAAUGCAGUGGUGUGAAGAUCUGCGCCCUGGUGCAUUUGUCAAUUAUUACAAGAAGCAUUUCGCGCGUCGUGACCAGGCUUCUCCUGCUGGUGGCUGCUUCAUGGAUGCGUUUCGCGCGGCGCUUUAUCACCUUGGUGACCCAGGUCUUGCAUCCACGGCUACUGAACUAUGGGUGAACUUCGAGCGUGAACAUCCAGGCACUGUCGACGGAGUUUCUCGUGCGGAAGCUACGUAG